AUGGUGGUCUACCGGCCUGUCAAGCCGGGCCAGGCGGCCAAGCUCCCUUUGCGGAGCCCGGCGCAAUCGAAGCCGCGGGCGCCGGCGCACUCGGAGCCCGUGAAGCCCGCGCGGGCCGCCCCGCGGCCGGGGUCGGUGUACAAGCCCUUGGUGCAGUUCGCCGAGGCAGAGGGGGAAGCGCCCAGCGUUGCUGAGGAAGACGUGGAAUCGCCUGCGCCGGAGGACCAAGACACUGAAUGGCAGGAGGAAGAGCCGGAGGAUGCACAGGAGGAUGUGCCAGAGGAUGCGCCAGAAGAUGCGCCAGAGGAUGCGCCAGAAGAAGACGUGCCAGAGGAUGCGCUGGAGGAUGUUCCAGAAGAUGGGACCUCUGGUGCAGAUGCGGACGAGUCUGAGACCGCCUCCAAGAAAAGGAAGCUCAGCGACUUGGCGCCCAUUUCCGACUUGGACGAGAAGCUGCAGCUACUGCAGCGCUGGCAUUUGCAGAACGACCGGGCGGCCAGGUACGUUUUGCAGGGAGCGACCCUUGAUGAAGUCCGCACCGUCGCAAAGACAGGGUGGAGGCCGGCCCCCUUCACCCGGGCAGCAGAUGGCCGGGACGGGAAGUCGCCCGCGGAGCAGCUCAAUGAGAAACUGCUGCGGGCACGAGAGGAUUCUUAUGGACCAGGCCAAGGCCGAGCGGUAGAUGUUGUCACCACCUUCCUGCGGCGCUGGCGCGGAGAUGAGGACGCCCUACGGGAGCUGAGCCACAAGGAUCUGCGCUUCAUCUUGCAGGAGUUUGAUGGCACGCGAUCCAUUGCAGAGCUCCUGGAGCAGGCUCACGCGGUCCCAACUCUGGAGGAGUCCUCCGUCUGCCGCACGGAGGAGGCUGCGGCUGAGGAGCCCGGCGCGCUGACCUGCGGAAGGUUCAACCGCCUGGAGCUGAUUGAUCCGAUGGCCGAUGCGUUGGUGAUCGGCGAUGCCAACCUCACCUUCUCCAUGCUGCUAGCCAAGCACAGAGAGGCGCUUGGCCACGUGGGCAGAAUUGUGGCCACAACCUUCGAGACGAUCGAGAUCCUCCGCCAACGUUAUGCGGAGAUCGACCAGACCGUGAAGGAGCUGGAAAGCCGAGAUGCCGAAGUUCUGCACAACGUGGACGGUACCCGGUUGGCCGUGGACACCAGGUUCCAGGAUAUGGUGAACAAGUUCGGGGCCGUCUACUACAACUUCCCCCACGCCGGGGUUGUGCAGGGAUUCUAUGACGGCCAUCCUUUCGUGCGAUGGCGCCAUGAGAACCUCAUGCACCUCUUCUUCCGGGCCCUGCGUGGAUUCGUGAAAGCAGGUGGCGUGGUGAAGGUAGCAUCCAACUCCUGUGCUACAGGAGUUCGGUUUUCAGACAUCCUCGGGGGAGCACAGAAUAGUGAGUUCGUGCAUGUGGAGACGAUGCCAUUUCAAGAAUGGUGCCUCAGGAGCUACGGCAGAUCUUACGGGGACCGCCGGGAUGCGCACCGCCGGCCUGGGAAGAGCGAGAACUACCGAAGCCAGAGCGCCAAUUCGGACAUGGUCUACACCUUCAGGUACGAGCCCUCAGGCAACAACGUGCCCAAGCCGCUGAUUAGGCGCCCCCCGAGCAAGUCAGACCUGCUGCACUCCAACGAGGGGAAGUUGCGGGACUCGGGUCCGGAGCAGAAGAAGCGGAAGGCCAAGGAGAUCUAUGACCUCUUCCUUACCUACGUGCAGGGCAUCCACGUCGGCUGA